AAUUAUAUAUUUUUUGAAAAUACAUUUUUUCUACCAUAUUUUAGAUAUUUCAAAUGCACUAAAUCGUUUUAUAAAAAAAAAAUUAAUUUUAUAAUAAAAAUAAUUUAUAACGUUAACCUAAUAUUAUUGAAAUUAUAUUGAAUGCCCAUCUCCGAUGAAGAAACUAGUAACAAUGAGUCAAAUCAAAAUGAUGGACCAGAAAAAGAUAUAGAAAUUGAUAUAUCUGAUUCUUCAGAUGAGAAUGAUGGACCAUUAAAAAGUUUACUACGCGAAAUGUUAAAAGUCUCAAAUGAGGAAAAGUAUCCCAAAACAUUUUAUUACAUACAACUGCUUCUUGUUAAUUUUGAGGAACAUGUUAAUAAAAAUGGUAAAAUUAGUGCUUUCAAAGCGAAUGAAAUUUUAAACAAUUUAAAUGGUACCAAUAUUGAAAGAAACGCUGAGGACUUCAAUUUAGGAGAUGAUGUAAUGUUGGAUCUCUUAAAUAGCCUUAAGCUCAUAUUUAAUAAUAUGAUAAUUCAUGAAGAAGCUUUUUACGAACAAUUCCGCAAGGGAGAUAAAACAAAUAAUGGCACAGUAUCCAAUGAGUAUGCAAAAGAAGUAAUUUGGAAUUGUAAAUUGUUUCAUACCCAAACAUUAGACGAUCGCUUUAAGAAGCUACGUGAUAAGUAUUCAAAUGACUAUAAUCAAUUCAAUUAUGAAGAGAUGAAAAAAAACACAUUGAAUGAUAUUGAGCUAGAUAAAUCUAGAAUCUAUUCUUAUAAUUUUGAGAGAAAAAAAUGGGUGCGUAAAUACAAAUUUACUCCUACUUAUUGUUUAUAAAAAUAUUGUAAUACUUCAUUGAUAAUAAUUGUUCCAUAAUAUAUUUAUUUUAAAUGUUUAAAUCGAUUUUGUAUGUAUAUUAUUUAUUCAAAUAUAAUGUCUG